UAUAAUACCACGCCGGCGGCCAAAUCGACACUCGUCUCUUCGUUCCCGUGCAGACGUAACGCUUUAACGUAAAGUCGCGAUGAAUAUUUUCAGUUACGUGUAUUAUUAUGUGGGAUACUUCUUUGCGGCACAUCAUGUGGUUCAUGAGCACGGCCCGCCAACAACUCUCUAUUACCCUGAGAGCUUUCCGGAACUACAGAACUACCAGGACGCUUGGGCUUUCCUGAACAACACAGUUGGCAUGGCACUUCUCUACCGGACGUUUGGAACGGAGGUAAAUUGCCCAGGGGGUGCCAGAUGCGUGUGGAUGAAGCGACUGCAAGUCAAUGAGAGUGAGAAAACGUUUUUGGGAGAAGUUUCAGUCUACUGCAAUGAUACACGGCGGAGUAUGAACCUUACCCUUAAGGCCAUGACAUUGGAGGGCUACAAUGUUUCGACAUUCUUCAGUCUUACAGAACAUCCCGGAGCUCGCAAAGAAUAUCUUCCGGUUGCGUACCAGGAACCCGGCAAAUGUGUAAUCGUUAGACAUCCCUACAAAUAUACCGAAAUGCGAUAUGCGUGCAAUCUGUGGGUGUCUCUAAGCACACUUGAAAAGAACAACCACACUGCGCCGAAGCGAUGCAUCAUUAUGUACGAUUACCUAUGUGAAGCAACAAAGCAGGAGAUGUUCGGAGAAGAUUGUAUGAAUAAGACGAAAGAAAGUGGUGAAAUAAAGAGCUCAACGGAGCCAAGAGGAGGAACCACGGCUACAUCUGCCUAAGGUGGAGACCAGGGUGACCAAUGUCAUUUCGGAUGAAUCAACGCUUCAGUCGCGAGCGUGGCAUUUAAAAAUAUUCAACUAUUGUCAUAAAAAUUACUUUAGCCCAUCCGGACAACCUGUAUGUGGCUAUGUAUCUGUGCACGAGGCUCUUAUUAGGAUUUGCGAAUUUUUCGAGCUUUUGAAUGCAGAAUGUUCCUGUAGCAAACCGCUCCACCAGGUCGCUGCAGCCGAGAUGAGUAAACUACAUCUAUCUGCAAAUACAAACCUUGUAACUUUUUUGUACUCUUUUUGCAAUCUUACUUUUGUACUCUUUUAUCACCAGCGGCUGGAACUGUGAUGUUCACACUUUUCUUUGCUGUCUCACUGCACAUCUCUUUGCAUUUGCAUUACUUUUCCCUUACAGCAACACGCUUUCACAGCUUUUAAGCUCGUUGGGGUUAUCUAGCUUUUUAGUUACAACCGCGACCCUUCUGCGUGUAUUUUGUUCUGGCACUUAGUGCAACAGUUAGCAGUUGGCACUUGGUACUUUGCUCACGUGUGUCUCUAGGGCAAUGUGGAAUCCGUAUAAGAGAGACUGAUCACAAAAAUACACUCCCUGGGUGCUGGAACGAGGUCUAUGCCAAAGGGGAAAUAGGAAAUUGGAGUAAAGGUUAAAAGCAUGCACAACGAUCGUUUUUCAGCUACACGGCAGUACUUCCAUCUAGCGCUAAACAUCAGACACAUAUAUCGUAUUCUUUGUACGGCUUCCAUUCGAGACGGUGAAAAAAUAAUUAUUAAACCAACUACUGGCUCAUAUCAAUGUGACUGGUGUUUUCUAAAGGACUAUACAAAAUUAUGAUUUCGAUAUUUUAUUUGUUGUUUGUUUACAGAGCACUCUCCAUCGCAAGCUCACAGUUCGGUUUUAGGCAGGAGAGGUCCACAGGGCUAGCUUUACUCGCGUAGAGGAAAAUAAUAAUUCGUAACUAUGAAACACAUAACUGACACUUAGCCUGUUUCUGAACUUCAGCAAAGCUUUUGAUUUACUCAAUAAUAGCGUACUCUUAAGUAAGAUUUCCUGUUACGGUAUACGAGGUACACCAUUAUUUAUUUAUUUAUUUCAUCACACAAGUGAUUAGGAGCAGAGGCUAAAAAGUCACAGGAGACUUGACAAGGCCUCUACCCCCUACAGCAGCACAUUGAAUAAUCACAAUGUAUGCAACACUAUGCACAAUGGUAAACAAGUACAGAAAUGUCACCCAAUCAUCAAUAAUAGAGAUCAGCUUCGAACCUUACUCAUGCUACAGCAAUGUAACGUUUAUAUACAGUAGUGAUUAUUCUAAAUUACAAAAGUAUGUUAGCAAAUUAUUUCUAUGUAAAGACAGCAGAUCGCAUGUAUCAUCAUUGACUAAUCUAACUAAAUGAUAUUGCAACCUGUGGAACCCAUACGACGUCCGGCACUGUGGAACUUUAUAUGUUAAAGGGUGGCGGUAAUUGUAAACAGGAUUAGUAAUUUCUAAGCUCGCUACGUCCAGGAGGUCACUUAAGUUUUCCUUAACUGCCCUUCGGUACGCCAGGAUGAGCCUAUAGCGAUAAAGGUUGUGAAUUCUGGGUAUGCGAUACUUCUCGAAUAGCCCCGCUGUCGUAUAGUUGUAGCUUACAUCUUCUAGAAUACGUAAGAAUUUCUUUUGGAGAACCAGUAGUUUGGAAAGUGAAUGCCUGGAAGUUGUUCCCCAAACUAACAGACAGUAGCUAAGAUGCGAGUUGAUGUGCGCGUAGUAUAUUGAUUUUAGUGCCUGACGUGAGAGAAAAUAUUUGCAUCGAUGCAGUAUUCCCAAAAUUGAGCAAAUCCUGGAACGAACGUACUGUAUGUGGGCAUCCCAAGACAAUGUGGCUGAAAAGUGCACACCCAGAACCUUGACAGUAUCAACUAUGUCAACCGUUUUCCCAUUUAAGUAGAGGCAAUUCUGUAUAUUAAUCUUCUUAUUUCUUGAUCGGAAAACAAUUGCUUUUGUUUUGGUGGGGUUUAGUUUCAGCAUGUUCGCUUCAGACCAUGUCAACAAAUUGUGCAGCAACGAAUUCGCUCUUGCGAUUAAUUCAUUAAUAUCCGUUCCAGAGAGAAACAUGCUAGUGUCGUCAGCGUAAAGCACAAAGUUGGUCCGGGAGCAGAGAUUAACGACGUCAUUAAUAUAGAUGUUAAAGAGGAGGGGUCCAAGCAAACUACCUUGCGGAACUCCACACGUAAUGGGGCGUGGUGAUGACCGAAGGUUGUCAAUAACUACGGUUUGAACUCUGUUACUCAGGUAAGAUUGAAGAAGCGACCGUGCUGAGCCCCGUACACCAUUGCACGAAAGUUUUUGUAUUACAAUACUGUGAUUUAGACAGUCCAAUGCUUUGGAAUAAUCAGCGAAAAUGCCAAGUGUGAGGAGUUUAUUUUCAAUAUUCUGCACUAUGGCCUCCUUAAUAUCUAAAAGCGCCAUUUCAGUGGAUUUAAACUUGCGGAAACCGAAUUGUGCAAGUGUUAACAUAUGGAAGCGCUCGAAGAAAUCUACCAUUCUGGUGUAUAUAAUUUUCUCGAAAACUUUCGAAAAAACUGGAAGGAUAGAUAUCGGACGAUAAUUUGACAUUAUGCGGGUAUCACCAUUUUUAUGUAUAAGGCACACUUUACUUGUUUGCAUUUUGCGUGGAAAGACCCUAGAUGAAAUACAAGAGUUGAAUAGCCAUGAGAGCCAAGGUGAAAUAUCUUUUGCUAACCUUUUGAUCGGUGUAAUUUGCAUAUCAUAUACGUGAGUACUUUUAGUAUUUUUAAGAGAAAGAAUACAAGAGGUAACUUCGUGUUCAUCUGUUGGACUAAGAGAAAGUGAGUGAGGAGAGCUGUAAGCCAUUGCAUUUCCAUUUCUUAUAGAUCACGUGAAAACCAUAUGUGUGCAUAUUUGGUUGAUAUGUCAUGGAAUAUCCAUGUACAGCUCUUACGUAAUACGUUAUCUCACGUCACAGGACUGAUGUUUUGUUGCCAACCAACGUCACCAAUAGCUCUCACGCUGCUGAUCUAUAGUAGUAUUUUCUAAUAAUAUAAUUAAUUAAUUAACUAAUAAUUUUGUUUAGGGUAGUACACGUGCUAUACUAACCAAUCAAUACAAAAAAAGUUAUUCGUUCCGUUAGUUAAAGAAGUUAUGCGCCACCUUGGCAGCGACUUUCGUCUCCCUAAGAAAUUACGUUUUACGAGUGACAUGUUUAUUUCUUAUGUGUAAGUCUACAUCUAACUAGGCAUACCACAUCAUAUGGCAAGUGGAAUACCCGGAUAUUCUGAACUGAAUACAGAAGGCAAAUGUUGCCGUACGAUGUUCCACGUAUUUUGAAUAGCUAUCCUUAUAAUGAGUCACCAUUAUGUAUUAUGGCCAGAAGUGCAGCGAAAAACAAUUUGUACGAGCGUCAUAUUAGGUGCAUUGUGUUGAGUCCAGCAUUGUAGCGCCUGACGUUGUGGCCUUACCCGAGUACUGCACUUUUCUUUUCGUUUCUCUACUUCUACCCUUGUAUAAGGGAGCACGGUUGCUGUCUUGCUGCUUGAAGCAGCGUUUUCUUUAUACUUCCUUUUUUUCCUUGGAAAAUAAAAUGAUGAACAACUUUUGCACGCUUGA